CCCGUCAGUGACGCCUCAGAUCAGCACCAUGAAGGUCCUCCUGCUGGUCGCCGCCGCCGCGGCGCUGGCGUCCGCCGCCGGACCGCCGCACCCCGGCUACGCCCCAGAGUACGGCUACGCCCGGCCGUACCAGUUCAAGUACGGCGUAUCGGACCCCUACACGGGCACCGUGUUCUCGCACGAGGCGCACAGCGACAGCCAGACGGUGCUGGGCCAGUACUCGGUCAACCUGCCCGACGGCCGCGUCCAGCACGUCCGCUAUACGGCUGACGAGGUCGGCGACGGCGGAUACAACGUGGUCGUCACCUACGAGGGCGUGGCGCAGUACCCAGAGGGACCGGCCGGCCACGGCAGCGGCGGCUACAGCUCACCACGGCCCGUCUACGGCCCGCACGGCGUGUCCCGACCCGCCUACGGCCCGGCGCCCGUCCACCCGCUGAGGCCCAAACACAGCACCGGCUACAAGGGAUACCGGGGACCCGCCGGCUACGCCCCGCACAGCGGCUACGGCGCCAGGCCCGCCUACGGGCCGAGCCACUCGGGCUACGGAGCGGCGCCGGCGCACACCAAGGCGCUGAGCUACAGCGUGCCGUCCACGGAGGAGGCCGGCUCCACCGCCAGCAAACACCCCACGUCUAGUCACAGCUCCGACUACAAGGCGCCAUCCACUGCCUACGGAGCCGUCGUCAAGCCCUCGGCCACCUACGGCGUCGUGGCCAAGCCGUCCACCAGCUAUGGAGCUGAUGUCAAGGCUCCCAGCUAUUCGUCGAGCUACAAGCCCUCCACUUCCUACGGCGCCGACGCUAAGGCUUCUUCCUAUGACGCUGAAGAUGAGGCAUACUCGUCCUAUGACACCUAUGUCAAGCCUUCCACCGCAUAUGGUGCUGAUUCUUCCGACUCGGGCGACGGCGACGAAGAGCCAUCCACCUCCUAUGGCGCUGUUGUCAAACCCUCGACAUCCUAUGGCGCUGACGCGAGCUACUCGCCCGCUUACAAGCCCUCCACUUCCUACGGUGCUGAUAUUAAGCCAUCCACGUCCUACGGCGCUGACGCGAGCUACUCUUCCGCCUAUAAGCCCUCCACUUCGUACGGUCCCGCCUACAAGCCUUCUACUUCGUAUGGCGCUGACAUUAAGCCCUCUACAUCCUACGGCGCUGACGCCAGCUACUCGCCCGCCUACAAACCCUCCACCGCCUACGGUGCUCAUAUUAAGCCCUCUACUUCGUACGGCGCUGAUGCUAAGCCCUCCACUUCUUACGGAGCCGGUGCGUCCUACCCCAAGGCCUCAAGCCACUCUGCUGGCUACAAGCCCUCGUCCACCUACGGCUACGCCCAGUACCCCUCCUACGGCUACCCGUCCCACAAGCCCGUGACUCCAUACUCCCCGCCCUCUUACGGCCACGGCUCCUCCUACAAGCCGCCCGCCUCGUACGGGUACGGCUCAGGUUACGGCCACGGCUCAUCCUACAUGCCGGCUUAUGGCUACGGCUCUGCCAGCCACGGCUCCUCCGGUUCCGGGGCCCACGGCGCCGCAACGUACCCCGCCCACCCCUAUCAGCCCGCCCCGGCGUACUCUGCCGGAGGGUACGGCCGGCCGUCGUACGGCUACAGCCCUGCGCCAUACAAGCCGGCGACCAGCUACGGGUCGUACCCGGCCUACGGCCACCCCACGCCCUACACUCCCGCGGCCGGCUACGCGCACCCCGCUACCGCCUACAAGCCGUCGCCCAGCUACGGUCACAAGACGUCGUACAAACCCAAGCCGUCGUACCACGCCGAGCCGUCCCCCAAGCCGACCAUGCUGUACAAACCGGAGCCCGCCUACAAGCCCCAGCCCGCCAAGCCGGCCAGCUCAUACAAGGCUGAGCCCGCGCACACAACCCCCAAGCCGAAACCCGCUUACAAGGCGGAGCCCACUCACUCCCCUGCUUACAAGCCGGCCCCUUCGUACAAGGCCGAGAAGCCCGCCCAUCCGUCCUCCUACAAGCCUUCUCCGUCUUUCAAGCCGCAUCCCAUCCAUAGCCCGUCCUACGAGACGCCUUCCCACAACGAGUACAAGGUACCAGCCCCCUCUCACACAUCAUACAAGCCCUCUCCUUCGUACAAACCCCAUCCUACCAGCUCCCCGUACAGACCACCCCACCGGUCCUACGCGCCGACGAUGGCCUACGGCCGCCCCCACACAACCUACCGGCCCAGCCCCAGCUACGGCCACCAGUCGUACCCAGAGCACGGUCAGGCGUCCGGCUACGGCAAGGGACACUCCCCGGUGCACGCCUACACCCCCAGGCCUGCCUACGCCCCGGUGCAUGCCUACACCCCGAAGCCUACGUACGCCCCGAAGGUUGUGCACAAGCCGCUGACUCCUCCCAAGAAGAUUGAGUUUGUGCAUGUGUACUAUCCGGGGCCGUACCACAAGACCAAGUCUGAAUAGGCUGUUCAACUUUGUAACUGUGUAAUGUGUAUGCCGCCAUGGUAGCUAAAUUAUCAGCAGAAGCUAGUGAUACUUACUCAUGUUACAUUGUUGCGUGCAAGUAAUUUAUGUGCGAAUGUGCGCUUUGGAGUGUGAUUUUAGGUGAGGUCUAUACAUUGUCGGGUGCCAAUACAUUUGAAUACGUGCGUA